AUAAACAGAUGAUUUUUGUAUGCAGAUGCAGACUACCAAAAACAUAAACAAAGAUAUCAAAGCAAAUUCAACAUAAUUGAUGGCACAAGUCGUAAUUGCCUGUGAAUAAUUUGAUAAUAGGUAUAUUGUGAAUUUAUUGUAAUAGUAAUAGUUUCAGUGUGUUCAAUUGUCAUCUAUAAAGAAGAAUCGUACACUCCAAGAAGUGGUGCCGGCUAUUUACCGCGCAUGCGUAUUUCUGAUUUGAGAUGGAUUAUUUUUGCGGCAUAGUCACGAGGCUUGUGUUAUUCCUGUACUGCUGCAUACCCAUUUAGUUUAGGUUUAGGAAAUUAACAAUCCAAACGCUAAGUUAGUCCCUAGUGAGACCUGGAGUGAGUUGCGUUUAGCAUUGGUGAGGGUGACUGAAUUUUAGGGCUCGGGGCAACCUUUCAAGUGUUGACACCAUGGAUCCAGAAGCUUUCUUAGACCUGGCUAACCAGGUAACAAAACUGAAAAUGUUUCCCUAUUUCGAUAUUGCCCACAGUGUUCUAUGUGCACUACAUGUCCGGGAGGAUCUUGGACCAGGAGCACAAGCUUUCUCGAGGAAACACCCCAUGUCAUGUUGGCUAUCCACAAUGCUUGUGGUGUUUGCUGGUGGCAUGCUCUGCAAUGGACUCCUAGGAGAACCUAUCCUAGCACCUCUGAAAAACACACAACAAUUGACUGUCGCCACUAUUGUUUGGUAUGUAGUUUUUUACACACCAUUCGACAUAGGAUACAAAGCAGCAAAAUUCUUACCCGUCAAACUUGUGUUCUCAGCCAUGAAAGAGAUUUACAGGUGUAAAAAAGUCUAUGAUGGUGUAACACACGCCGCUAAGCUUUAUCCCAACGCCUACCUAAUAAUGAUCCUUAUUGGAACUCUGAAAGGUAAUGGCGCUGGUUUUACAAAACUGUUUGAAAGACUGAUAAGAGGUGUUUGGACCCCAACUGCCAUGGAGUUCAUGCAGCCUAGUUUCCCAACCAAAGCGUGCAUUGUGGCAUCUAUUAUUUUUGUUUUGGAUAAGAAAACUGAUUUGAUCUCCGCUCCUCAUGCACUGGUUUACUUUGGAAUUGUUAUAUUCUUCGUUUAUUUCAAGCUUUCUUCUAUCCUUCUUGGAAUACAUGAUCCAUUCGUGCCAUUCGAAAACUUGUUCUGUGCAUUGUUCCUGGGUGGCAUAUUCGAUUCCUUCGCCAAACUUUUCGGACACGGUGCGGCUAAAGAUGAGAAAACUGAUGCUAAGAAAAAAGAGUAAUAAUAUGAUUUGGUGGCCAGGCAGAUCAAAUAACACCAAUUUAAUCAAAGCCAAAAAGAUUGACUAGUCAGAUAUGGAAAGGGAACACUCGACGCGAACACGACCGACUCAGAAUUGUUCAAUUCUGAAUGAGUUCAACAACAACAGUUCAAGUUAACAUUAUUAGUAUUAACUUUGCUGUUUUCUAAUGUUUAUUUUUGUUUAAUUAGUUUAAAUGUGAUUUGUAUGAUUUAUUUCUUUGUCUGUAUUGAACCAUGUAUGUGCAGUAUCAAAUAGUUUAUUGUUCUUUUCAAAAGAAUCAAACAAUAUUACUAUUGUUGAGCAAGUAAUUCAACUGUUCGUUUCUGUGAUUGAGAUUGGAUGUGGGUGCAAUCUCCUUACGUCGUUGAAUUACUCGCCCACCAAUUGAAAUAUUAUUGUAAUUAGUUUUCAAAACAUGAAUAAUGCAGUAUUAUUCAUUUGUAUGAAUUUUAAAUGUGAAUUGACGUACUAUAUUCUUUGUUUUAAAUGUAUUGACUGCAAUUAUUAUUAAAAUACUGUUGUAUUCUAUAUAAAUUUUCUGCAAGUAUGAUACAGUUGUAAAACGUUUUUAACCAUUUUGUAAUUAUAUAAUAUUCAAAACCUGA